AUGAGAUAUUGGAGCAGCUUGAUCAGGACCCAAAUCAUCCGCCGACAUUCGAUAUCCCGGCUACACGGCGUCUUAAGAUCACAGUCCUGCGAGACAUGCUCAGGAUAUGGAGCGUUCCUGUUCCUCCCUACCUGUAGCAGGACUUGUUGGCAGUGCCUACAGUUCAGAAAGGAGCGGCUGGUGGUUCCUGUCGGGGUGGCUCGCAAAGCUCUCAGCCUGACUGAAGCGGAUCAAGAACAGUUUCCUGUCAUGUGGAGCAUCCCAGGUCGAUACGGAAUCCGGCAGCUCGAAUGGGGUAGUGCGAGCCUCGUCGCCGUGGCCGACGCUUUGGAGGUAGCGAUGUCAAAAUACGGGUCUGCGGAACGACUUCGGGGAGCACUUGCUGAAUGGCCCAUCACCGGACCAGGAGCUUAUAGUGCAAGGCAGUUACGAACUCUGCUAUCGUCAGAGGGAUACUUUGAUGCGAACUUGGUACCAGACGUUGGCAGCAGCCUGGUCGGCCGUUAUUUCGGGCGGGCGUCAAUCCGAUUUGACUCGCUCUUGAGUUCGGGCGAGAUCGAGCACGGUCACUGGUGUCGGGGCUGCGAGUGGACAGACGACCAUCGUAGUCGGUUGCCAGUCGAUGUUCUCGCUCAUAUACUGCCAGACGGCGUCGAGCCUGAUCGAGAGCUGAGCCGAUUGGCCAGAACAGCGUAUUCUACGGUUGACUUCCUGGAUCAUGUACAACAUUGCUACGGUGCACAGAGAUUGCUCACUGAGCUUGCGCGGGAAGGCUGA